GGAGGAGUGAAUACCGGUCUCCGUUACGGAGGGAUUUACAUCAAGAGUCUGAUACCUGGUGGAGUGGCCGAACAAGAUGGCCGAAUCCAGACAGGAGACAGGCUGUUGGAAGUGGACGGCACCAGACUGCAGGGAUUCACAGAUCAGCAGGCGGCUGAAUGUUUGGCAAGAGCAGGCGAGGUGGUGAGUCUGGUGCUGGAGCGGGACGGAGGCUCUGUGCUGAGGCGAGACCCUAUAAACCCUCAGUUACGGGACACACUCGCCGUCCGAUCACCGAAUCCCACAGGGGUGAGGAACAGCUGUCCUGCCAUCACCAUGACCAGACCCUUCGGCGUCAAGCCCAGAGACUACAGCUUUGUGUCGGACGAGAACAUUCAGGAGGUGAAACUUAAGAAGACCCUGAACGGUCUGGGCUUCAGCUUCUUCAUCUCAGAGCUGGACACGUCCCUCGACUGUGGCUCCAUCGUGCGAAUCCGAACGCUGUUCCCAGGUCAGCCUGCGGAGGAAAGUGGCAAGAUUCAGGAGGGAGACAUCAUUCUGUCGAUUAACGGGCAGCCGCUGAAGGGAUUGUCCUAUCAGCAAGUGCUGCAGUGUUUGAGGAUUUCUCCUUCAGCGGUACAGCUGGUUCUCUGCCGUCCUCCUCAAGGAACUCUUCCACCAAUAUCCGAGAAAAUAGGCCAACUGACCUGCAGCUGAUCCAUGAAAGAUGUCAUAUAUGAAGGUCUUCUCCUGGGAAGGAAGGUCAUAGAGGAAUCCUGGUGCAUUAUGGGAGAGGAUGGAUCCUUCAGAGGGGUUAGAAAGUUCAAAACUGAGUCUGAUUUCCUU